AUGUUCCUCGGGAAGCUCCUCUCCCCCCACAGCAGGGCGCAGCGGCACAGAAGGCGCGGGGAUUCCACUGGUUCCGCCUCCCACUCUCCCCAAGCCGCCGCGCGCGUCGUGAGCCCCAAAGGCGCGCGCGAGUUCUCCGCAACUUAUUCUCUCGGGAAAUUUCUUGGUCGGGGGAGCUACGGAGUCGUGCGGGAGUGCAUCAGCCGGCGCACGGGCCGUUCGUACGCUUGCAAGGUGAUACGGAAAGAUGAGAUGCGCAAUCGUCGUGCGGAAGAGGCGGCUAUUCGGCGAGAAGUGAAGGUUCUCCAGCAGCUCGCCGGACACCCGCACGUGGUCUCCCUCGUGGACGUAUACGAGGACAGGGCGGCGAUUUUUGUCGUUAUGGAGAAGUGUAACGGCGGCGAGCUGUACGAACUGCUGUGCGAAAUUACCGCAGGCGGCCGCGCGAAUCAAAGUGCAGACAAUUCAGGUUACUUCAGGGAUAACGAUGCUCACAGCUUAUCUUCAUACUCGUCCUCUGAAGACGGCGAGCCGGGGGGGACGUUCGGGGAGAGAGAGUCUCUGAGCUCGCCCCGAGAUUGCGGAGGGAUGGAGGAGGAACAGGCCGCAGCAAUGUUCGAGCAGAUUGUACACGCGGUAUCUGCGUGUCACUUGAAUGGGGUUCUACACCGCGACUUGAAGCUUGAGAAUAUACUGCUGUGUUUUCCAGAAUCUCCUAAAGACAGAGUCUCCAGCAAACUCUGUUGCUUUCCACUCGUCAAGCUUGCGGAUUUUGGCUCUGCAGUCUCGCUCUCCUCUGGAGAGCUUGCAACUGGUGUAGCUGGCAGCAGGCUAUACCAAGCACCAGAAGUCCUUCAGCAGUGUAAAUAUGGGUUCAAAGCCGACAUGUGGUCUCUGGGGGUUAUUCUUUUCUCUCUCCUCUCGGGCUCUCUUCCGUUCAUGGCUGACAAUAGACGGUCCCAGACCCGCCUAGCGAAGAAAGGUGUGGGAAAGAUGGAUUCAAGUGCUUGGGAGGGAGUCUCAAAAGAAGCCAAGGACCUGGUUACAAGGCUACUGGCCGUGGAGCCCAGUCAUAGGCCGUCUGCUGAAGAGGUGCUGAGGGAUCCGUGGAUUGUCCAAUACAGGAGGAGACAAGGCACCUGA